ACUCAUGAGUAAAUAUACAAUUGAGACACGGAGCUUGACGUGCCCGCGCUUGUCAGGUUGAAAGUUUUUAAGUGCCCGCGCAAGGAUCAGCUGGCACAACCAUUAGGUGUCCGUCUCGCACUGAGGACUAAACAGACAGACAGUAUCCUUAAUACCGACCAGACAACAUAAAAGAGAGAACGUGCCGUUAAAUCUUAUUUCUUGGAUGUGGAAAAUGAAGAGCAGUUGGAUCUUUCUGUGCGCAGUUUGCAUCUGGUAUCCAGUUCACGGGACAGUUCAAUCCUCCAGUGUUUGUUCAUGUCAUGGGAAAGCACAGUACUGCAGAGCAGAUCGUCUAGGAUUGUACUGUAUAAACUGCCAGGGAAACACCGAAGGGCGUCACUGUGAAAAAUGCAAGGAAGGAUACUACCACCAGAGGGCAGGAGACAACUGUGUGGCUUGCAACUGCAACACCGCAGGUUCUCAAGGACCAGUCUGCAACAAUGAGGGACGGUGUACGUGUAAACAGGGAAUUUAUGGAGACAAGUGUGACCGCUGUCAAGAUGGCUCUCAAGUGACUCCCAGUGGAUGUGAGCAUUUGAGGCUAAGCUGUCGGUCACGUAAAAAUGGCCGUCUUACGUAUAAUACAGAGGAGUGUCUGCCCUGCUUUUGCAAUGGCCAUUCAAGUGUGUGCUCCUCAGCUGAGGGAUAUUCCAUUCACAACAUCACUUCAACUUUUGACAAUGGACCUGAAGGCUGGAGGGCGGCCACUGCUCAAGGAGUGAGCCCUUCACAAGUGCAAUUCAGGUGGUCUCCCACUCACAAAGACCUUGAGGUUAUCUCUAAGGAGAUCCUUCCUGUUUAUCUGUUUGCUCCCGCAUCUUACCUGGGGAAUCAGGCUUUGAGCUACGGUCAGACGCUCACCUUCUCUCUGCGUCUGGACAGAGGUGUCCGUCAUCCUUCCAUCUCUGAUGUCAUGCUGGAAGGAGCAGGUCUUAAGGUGUCUGCUUCACUAGGGGACUUGAGAACUGUGGUGCCCUGUGGCAAGAAAAUCACCUACACAUUCAAACUGGACGAGCAGCCUGGCAGCAAAUGGAAACCGCAGCUCUCAUCCACGGAAUUUCAAACACUUCUGAGCAAUCUUACAGCCAUUAAAAUCAGAGGAACAUUUGGUGAAAAUGGACGUGGGUAUCUGGAUGACGUCUCUCUGGUGUCAGCUAAACUGGGUCCCGGCACCCCUGCAGUCUGGGUAGAAAAGUGCAGAUGCCCUACUGGUUAUGAUGGACAGUUUUGUGAGCGCUGUGCCACUGGAUACAGGAGGCGUUUCCCUGGUCAAGGCCCCCGAAGCCCCUGUGAUCCCUGCUCCUGUCAGGGUGGAACAUGUGAUCCAGAAACAGGAGGCUGUUACUCGGCUGAUGAGAUACCAAAUCUGCAGAUGUGUCCUAAAGGUUAUUAUGUAAACCGCCAACAGCCCAACUCCUGCCAGAAGUGUCCGUGUCCCGAGGGUGAGGGUUGCUAUGUUAUUCCAGGAACCCAGGAUGUGGUGUGUGCCCGCUGUCCCCGGGGGACUACAGGCUCUCGUUGUGAAAUAUGUGAUGACGGUUUCUAUGGAGACCCCCUGGGAGAGUACGGCCCUCCCAAACAGUGCCAGCCCUGCCAGUGUUACGGUCACGUGGACCAGAACGCCGUCGGCAACUGUGACCGCCGAACUGGGGAGUGUCGGAAGUGCCUGGACCACAGCACCGGCCCCCAGUGUGAGAACUGUGAAGAUGGAUACCACCACAUUUACCCCACAGACCCCUGUCAGGCCUGUAACUGCAAUCGUCUGGGCUCUGUGUCAAAUACAUGCAGUGAUAAAGGCCAGUGCAAGUGUAAGGAAGGUUACGAUGGACUCAAGUGUGAGAAAUCAACGUGUCCAUCCUGCUUUAACCCAGUCAAGAGCAAGAUUGAGGUUUAUGCACGACAGCUGGAGGAAAUGGAGGAUUUAUUUAAAGGAAUUGGAGGUGAUGAUGCUCCAAUCAACGAUGCUCAGACGGAACGGGCUAUCAGGGCCGCAGAAGUCAUGGUGCAAACCCUGAAAAUCAGAGCAAAUGAACUCACAAAUACAGAGAGACAGCUUCAGGAUAAACUGGUGAGCAUCAGCCGAUCCCAACUGAGAGAGGACAGAAACAUGGAGGCUUUGUUGACAACAGUGGAUGGGAUCAGAAACAAGGAUCAGCAGUACAGAACGGAAGUUUCAGAAAUCCGUAAACUCAUCGGUGACAUCAGGUUAAAACUGCAACAGGCCAAACGGGACAUCCAACAAGCUGAGUUUCCCUCAGGUGAUGCGGUGCCAGGUGCUGACACCUUGUCUGAUUUGGUUCUGAGAGCUGCUGAUCUUGCUGAGCAGCAUCAAGGUGAGGCAGUGACGGUGGAGACCAUUGCAGCCAAUUCUCUAGCAGAAUCUGAGAAAGCCCUAGAGCUCAUCCGUGGCGUCAUCAACCGAGAAAAUACGGUCAAAGACAAGGUCAAGGACCUCAAAAGACAGUAUGAAGCAGAUGUAACCAAAGUGCUUAACAUGGACAAGAAGGCCAUUCAACUAACUGAUGCAGCUAUACAGGAGAGCGGAGUAGCUCAGAACACUCUGAAACAGUUAUCUGACCUGGAGAAGACACUUCCAAAGCCUCUGACGAAGGACAUUGCUGGUGUGGUUUCCAUGUUUGACAGUCUGAAGGGUAUGGUGGAGGGGAAUUUAUCACAAUACCAGGACUUUCAACAGAAUAUGCUCAGUGAGCAGAAAGAGACAGAAGAUCUGUUAAAAAAGGCCAAGGCUUUCCAACAGGUUCAAGACAAUCUUUUUGCCAGGGCAAACGCAGCUGAAGCAAUCAAAAAUACAUCUCUGGAAAUCUUUGCCAACAACAAAGAUAGUCUGGAUAAGACACUAGAGACGCUCAAAGGGUUUGAUGACCAGAUUGGUGCUAAUAAGGAUCUUGCCGAUGCCGCCAUUGCAAAACUGCCUGCUAUCAAUGCCACCAUCCAGAAGGCCAUAGCUGACAACACUAAGACUCAGGACAUUUUGGAUGCAAUGUCUGUGCCCUACAGAGAUGCUCAGAACACUAUUGACAUUCUUACAAACACUGCAACCAAUCUGGAGGGAAUAUCUAAUUCUCUUCCGUCGUCUUCUAAUAUUUUGGAAGCUGCCACUAAACUGGAAAAGGACGUGGAUGGACUGAAUAAAGACGCAUCUAUAACUAGGAACACACUGAAAGAAGAGAAAAACAAGGCAAAAGCACAGAUAACUCAAGCGAAGGAUGCUGUCAUAGAGUCCAAUGGGGCGCUUGAAAAUGCAAAGAAUGCCAGGGAUGCUGUUAGUGAUACUUUAAAGACGAUCACUGAUAUUAUGAGCACACUGGGAACUCCUGGGACAGUCGACAACAAACGAGUGGCUGACCUAGAGAAUGCCAUUGCUAAAAGCCGCAGUCGCGUGGAGAAAGAGCUGAAGCCCAGACUCAAGGAGCUGGAGGAGAAGGAAACCCAGCAGAGAGACACCAUUCUAGGCAUGAUCAAAGACAUCAACACCAUCCUGGAUGACAUUGCCAACUUAGAGGAGAUCCGUAAAAACAUUCCUAAUGGCUGUUACAACAUACCACCUAUUGAAAGGCCGUAAAGGCUUUGGGUUACUGCAGGGCCAAAUCACAAUGUUACAUAGUUUAACCCUUGUGCAUCAGUUUAAAAAAGUUACUCUGAGAUCCUUAGAGGACAAAAAUGUCCAUGUCAAAUUUGAAGCUUGGGAGCACAGACUUAAAGGGAUAGUUCACCCAAAAAUGAAAAUUUGAUGUCUAUCUGCUUACCCCCAGGGCAUUCAAGAUGUAGGUGACUUUGUUUCUUCAGUAGAACACAAAUGAUGAUUUUUAACUCCAACCGUUGCCGUCUGUCAGUCGUAUAAUGCAUGUCAAUGGCAACACAAUCUAUAAGAGUAAAAAAAAACAUGCACAAACAAAUCCAAAUUAAACCCUGCGGCUCGUGACGACACAUUAAUGUCCUAAUACACGAAACGAUUGGUUUGUGCGAGAAACCGAACAGUAUUUAUAUCAUUUUUUACCUCUAAAACACCACUGUGUCCAACUGCGUUGCGCAUCCGGUUGGUGAGGUCUGAACGCACUCUGACAACGGAAGUGAUGUCUCGCACUCAUUGAAGCAUACACGUGAGACAUAAUUUCCGUUGUGUUAAAAAUCAUCAUUUGUGUUCUACUGAAGAAACAAAGUCACCUACAUCUUGGAUGCCCUGGGGGUAAGCAGGUAAACAUCAAAUUUUCAUUUUUGGGUGAAGACCCUUGGCAGAUUGUUGUUGAAGUAAACGAAAAAGACAUAGAGGUUAAAGUUUUUGAAAAUGAUUUACGAACAUUAUUUUAUUUAAAAUAUCUAUUUUAUGAAACAUGUUAAACAGUUAGAAAAUCAAAGCCAUAAAUGUAAAGAAGCAAAUUUCAGGUUGAUAUCUCAAAAAAUGAGCGUUCAAUAAGAUUUUCUUUGGGCGCAGUACCAAAUUUUCCCCAUUAGAUGCCAGCAAAGCUCCACUGGUGCACACAGUGGUUGGAUUUGUGAUUUGCAGUACAGUAGAGUUUUUCUCUCUCAAAUUUACACACACACACGCACAUUUUUUUAUUACACACAUACAAACCACACUCUGACAUCCAUACCAACACACCCACACAAUUAUACGUGCAUAAUUGGCUCUAUAAUAUGCAUAAGCAGAAAAUAGGAAUAAAGCCAGAAUUUGCUUUAUCGGCCAAACCUGAGAAAAUGUCACCAUCUAGUAAAAAAAUGUAAUUUUGAAGCCAACAGAAUGAAAGCCUAUUAACAAAGACUGCAUUAUUUUAUAGUUAAAUAACCCUGGGAUUGAAAAUUGCAGUUUUAAUGGGUUUCAUUGGGGACAUUUUUGUCCUUAAGGUCCUGAGAGGAACUAUUUUAUGGACCUAGUGUAAAACAGAUUGUAAAAUAAAUGGGGGUGAAAUAGUAAAAUUUCAAUAAAAAAUACACAUUUAUGCAGUUGGCAUUAACACAGGCAAAACGAUCAAAAAUGUCCAUAAGGACGCACAAGGGUUGAUCUAUGAACUUACUGAGGCUACUUUUCAACUAAAAGAGUGUUUGUCAUUUCAUGAUUUUGUACUGUAUGAGAGAUUUUGUUUUUAGUAUUUAUUUUUUGUUUACUAUAUAUAUUUUAAUUUUGAAAAUUCUUACUGUGAAGUUUGAAAUGAGGUAAAUGAUAUUUCUGUUUCGCUUUUGCAUGAUUGCCAAAGACAUUUCCGUUUGGGUAAUUAAUAGAUAAAUAUAUACUUUAUAUAAAACUAAUUGUUCUUGAGAAGAAGUAACAUCCAGUUGCUUCUCCAUCUGUUUCUGCAUCUAGUGAAAAACAUGAAAGAAAUGCACAAAAUAACAAUUUUCAUUGUUUUGAUUUCUGUUUUGUUUUAUUAAAUUCAGUAUUGUCAUCAA